CGGCCAUUUUGGGAGUGCCAAUGCCCAUGCGCAAGCUCAUUGUUGUACUGGCGGGCAGGUCGACGGCAACUAGUGUUUGUUUAUUGCUGGAAUACGCGGUCAGACUUAGUUGUUGAAGACAAAAGCGAAUCAAAUUCUCUUGUUUUGUUUGGUACGUUUAUUCAAAAUGAGCUACGGCAGGCCUCCGCCGGACGUCGACGGAAUGACUUCGUUAAAAGUGGAUAAUUUAACGUACCGCACGUCGCCGGAGACGCUGAGGCGCGUCUUUGAAAAGUACGGCCGAGUUGGAGACGUUUAUAUUCCGCGAGAUCGAUACACAAAAGAGAGCCGAGGAUUCGCUUUUGUGCGCUUUCACGAUAAGAGGGACGCCGAAGACGCAAUGGACGCGAUGGAUGGAGCGAUACUGGACGGCAGGGAGCUCAGGGUUCAGAUGGCCCGGUACGGCAGGCCGCCAGACUCCUACUACGGCGGCGGCGGCGGCGGACGGCGCGGCAGCGGUGGCGGGGGAGGCAGUAGAAGACACGGUGCACGCCGCAGCCGGAGUCCGAGGCGCCGGAGACGCAGCCGUUCCAGAAGCAGGAGCCGGUCUCGUUCCCGCUCUCGGUCCCGCUACAGCAGAUCACGCUCGCGCUCCUAUUCCCGAUCCCGCUCCAAAUCCCACACUCCCAACAAGAGGAAGUCCAAAUCUCCCUCCAGGUCCAGGUCACGCUCAAGAUCCAAAUCCAGGUCCCGUUCCCGGAGCCGAACGCCGGCGUCCAACAGAGAGUCGCGGUCCAGGUCUAAAAGCGCACCGAAGUCUGCUGGAGAUGACGGACAGGCAUCAUCGUAACUCUGCUCAGGGUGCAUCUCUUCGCUUACCGUGGGCUGAUUAUAAGCGUCUGGUGUCGGACGGAGCCUGAGGAUCCGCAGACUGGACACCCAGAAAAUCCACACCAUGGGCCUAAAGGUCAUUAUGACUGAUCGCCAUGAGUGAACUGUUCAGUAGUUGCAAAUCUGUUCCUUCCAUACAUUGUUCCCGUUUUUGCAGUGAGGUUGUUUUCAAAUGUGUAUGUGCUUCUGAAUUCGUCGAGUAGGACGAGCAUCAUUUCUAUUGGCCUUUAAGGUAAACGCAUCUCGGUGAUGGUUUCUAGCGGCACCUCACCUUUCUGUUAGAAGCAUAUUUAGAUCUGACUUUUGUUAAAAGAAAACUUUUUUGGAAAUGGGCUCAUUUUACAGCUCCUCUCGAGUUAAAAAUGUGAGUUAUAUAAUUUUUCAAUGCAUUCAGAUAAUUUUCGGGUCUGCAGGGGAACGUUUAGCUUAGCUUAGCAUAAAUCAUUGAAUCGAAUUAGACCAUUAGCAUCUCAUUCAAAAAAGAAAAACUAUUUUUGAUUUGAUUUUUUUAUCAAAAAAAUUAUUACUAAGUACUAAGACCAACACAAAAUGAAAACUUGCUAUUUUCUUGGCUAAUAUAACUAGCUAUACUCUCAUUCUGGCAUAAUAUUAAUCUCCAGAAUUACUAGCACUGUGUAAUGUGAUUUUUAUAUCAUUUAUGCCUGUGGGGAUGUAACUAAAGAUGCUUUAAACAGGAAAACAAUCAUUGUUGAGCGAGAUGCUAAUGGUCUAAUUUGAUUCAAUGAUUUAUGCUAAGCUAUCUAAUAGUGCUCCUGCAGACCAGCUCUUAUAGAGUUAAACAGGUGAGUUUUAACUAUUUUCAGUGCAUUUAGCCAAUCUCCUGGUCUGGCGGGAGCACUUUUAGCUUAGCUUAAAACAUUUAGCUUAGCUUAAACAUUUAAUCAGAUUAGACGAUUAGCAUCUUGCUCAAAAUGUAAAAAAAAAAAGUUGCUAUUUUUAGGUUGAUAUGGCUAGCAACUAUAAUUUAUAUACCAUUUAUGCCUGUUGCGACCUAACUAUAGAAGAGUCAAGCUUUAAAUAAGAAAACAAUAAUUUUUGAGCAAGAUGCUAAUGGUCUAAUCCGAUUCAAUGAUUUAUGCUAAGCUAAGCUGUUAGUGCUCCUGCAGACCAGCUCUUCUAGCGUUAAAUAGGUGAGUUUUACCUAUUUUUAGAGCAUUCAGCCAAUCUCCAAGUCUGGCACGAGCAUUUUUAGCUUAGCUUGGCAUAAAUUAUUGAAUCAGAUUAGACCAAUAGCAUCUUGCUCUAAAUAGCAAAAAAAGUUGCUAUUUUUAGGCUAAAGUGGCUAGCAACUAUACUCUAUAACCUAGCUAGCAACUAUACAACAAAUUUAUAUAUCAUUUAUGCCUGUAGCGAUGUAACUAUAGUAGAGUCGAGCUCUAGAGAGGAAAACAGUUUUUGAGCAAGAUGCUAAUGGUCUAAUGCGAUUCAAUUAUUUAUGCUAAGCUAAGCUAAUAGUGCUCUUGCAGACUAGCUAUUGUAGAGUUAAAUAGGUGAGUUUUACUUAUUUUCAGUGCAUUCAGACAAUCCCCUUUUCUGGCAGGAGCACUUUUAGCUUAGCUUAGCAUAAAACAUUGAAUUGGAUUAGACCAUUAGCAUCUUGCUCGAAAUAAAAAAAAAUGUUGCUAUUUUUAGGCUGAUAUGGCUAGCAACUAUACAACUAUAAUUUAUAUAGCAUUUAUGCCUGUGGCGAUGUAACUAUAGUAGAGUUGAGCUUUAAAUAGGAAAACAAUCAUUUUUGAGCAAGAUGCUAAUGGUCUAAUAAGAUUUAAUGAUUUAUGCUAAGCUAACAGUGCUCCUGCAGACCGCCUCUUCUAGAGUUAAACAGGUGAGUUUUACCUAUUUUCAGGGAAUUAGCCCAUCUCUGGGUCUGGUGGGAGCACUUUUAGCUAAGCUUAGCAUAAAACACGGAAUCAGAUUAGACCAUUAGCAUCUUGCUCGAAAUUAAAAAAAAAAAAAAAAAAGCUUUUUUUAGGCUGAUGUAGCUAGUAACCAUAUAUAUUUUUUAGCAUUUAUCCUUGUGGCGAUGUAUCUACAAAAGAGUCAAGCUUUAAAUAGGAAAACAAUAAUAAUUUGAGCGAGAUGCUAAUGGUCUAAUCCAAUUCAAUGAAUUAUGCUAAGCUAAAAGUGUAGACUGAGAUCGCCUGAAUGGAUUUUAAAAUGGUAAAAAUCUCUCUAGGCGAGCAGUAAAAUGUGCCUAUUUCCAAAAAACCGUGGAGUGUUUCUUUAUAACCUGCUUUAGUGAUUCCUUUGCUUUAUUCUGAAGCCUGAAGAGUGUCAGUAGCUUGUGUUUGUGCUGCUGUAUAUUACAGUUUUGUUGUAAAAGCAGCGUUUGUUUUUCUUUUAGACAUCUUGCUGUGUGUGUGUGUGAUGCUGGAUUCUAACCCUGUGUCUUGUGUAUUUUUUGUGCACUAGGCGCAGUUGUCUAGCUGUUGAGUUUUGCUGGUUAGCUGUGUUGCAGUGCUGUGUCCGCCGGUUUUCUCCAGUUUGCUGCUGUUGCCGAGGUCAAACAGUAGCAGCACAUACUGUGUUGGUGGCAGAAAAACGCUUUCACUUUCCUUUUGUGUUCCUCCGUUUUGGAAAGCAUCUUUAUCGAUCAACUUCUGUUCUGUCCUUUUGAUUAUUUAUUUACAUUUUUUGGGGGAUCUUCAAUAAACCAGUUGUUAAAAA